GCAUGAGCAGCAGUGAAGUUAAAGUGCUGGAGGUGACGAUCAUGAAGUUUAGAGGUGAGUGUUAUUGCCAGUAUUAAUUUAACAUGUAUUUUACAUGUAAUUUAACAUAUAUGCAGUGCAGUAGGCCUUCAGUCUAGUUAGUGGAAUGACAAAUCCCACUCCCUCCUGCAACAAAUUCCCUCCUUGGUUUUCAUGAAUUAUAAAGUGUUAAUGUUGUGGUUCUCUUAAAGCUUUGUGGAACAAGGGUCAGUGAGUGUCUGUGUUGUACAGGAUACAGCUUCUGUCAGAUCAAGAUUUGCAUAAAGGCUUAAUGCAGUUCACAGGCCUCUUAUCAACACACAAAAGAGGAAGUGAGACUUAAGGCUUAGUAAGUAUGAUCUUAUGAAGUCCCGUCAAACUCAUUCAGUUAACUUAAAGAAAAAAGGAUCAUGGUUGCAUUUGUUCACUCCACAGAAACUCAGUAUCUGAGACAAUCCUGUCUGUGAAGAAAUAAAAGUUUAACGGCAUGUGAAAAUCACGCACAUCUUAAAGAAACACUUUGAAAAUGUGAAGUAUUUUGCAUGUUCUCGACUCUUUUCGGUUCCUCUUUCUUUCUUCAUUUGGCUAAUUCUCAUGCUCUGAAGGAUGCUGCUUUAUUUCAUUUAGUCCAUUUUAUGAUGUAUUUUCUUAUAUGACAAAAAGUAUUUUUUGAACAAUUUUAACCUGAAGCAGCAAGUGAGGGUAAAAUGUACUUGAAAAGAGGAAAAUAAAGAGUUCGUCUUCAAGAGAAAUCAUUUUAUGGUUGUACACCUCUGUUCUCACUGCAGCGUUUCAGUGCUGAAAAACGGUGUUGCUAUGGUGAUGUCAGUCAGAAUGGCUCCUCCUCUUCCUCUGAUCUUUCUGAUCAUGAUUCAUGGGGUUUCUAGUGCUCAUUGGGGUGUGAGUUACAGUCCUUCACACAUCUGUGCACUAAAGGACUCAUCAGUGAUAAUGGACUGCACUUAUACAUACCCUACUGGAUAUCAGAUCAUGAGAGUGUUCUGGACCAAAGGCCCUAUACAACAGGGUGUAGAGCUUCUAGAUCUGUCUAACGACACUGAAUACAGUCAGAGGCUUCAGUAUUUGGGAGAUAAACAGCAUAAAUGCACCAUCAGACUGAGUCAUGUGACACUGAAGGAUUCACACAUGUACUAUUUCAGAUUCAUUACUUAUGAUCUUGAUGGUAGAUGGACUGGUGUUCCAGGAGUGACUCUUACUGUCACAGAUCUUCAGGUGGAGUCUCCUGAGAGAGUGACAGAGGGAGAUUCAGUCCGUCUGACAUGUAAAAGCAGCUGCACUCUGACUGACAGAGCAACAUUCAUCUGGUACAGAAACUCACAGCUAGUAACUGAGAGAAGAAACAAUGAACUCCUGCUGCAGUCAGUCAGAAGAGAGGAUGCAGGCAGAUAUAGCUGUGCUGUACACGGACACAAUCACACCUCUCCUGCUGUUCAGCUCAGUGUCAUGUAUCCUCCAAAGAGCGUCUCAGUGUCCAUCAGUCCAUCUGGUGAAAUAGUGUCAGGAGAUUCAGUGACUCUGAGCUGCAGCAGUGAUUCAAACCCUCCUGCAGAAAUCAACUGGUUUAAAGGAAGAACGUUUGUAGGAUCUGGAAGAAUCUACAGCAUCUCAAAGAUCAGCUCUGAUGACAGUGGAAAAUACAAGUGCAAGUCCAUCAAUGAACAUGGAGAGAAAUACUCUGAUAAUGUGACUUUAAACAUCAUGUAUCCUCCCAGGAACGUUUCAGUGUUGAUAAACGGAUCUGGUGAAAUAGAGUCAGGAGAUUCAGUGACUCUGAUCUGCAGCAGUGAUUCAAACCCUCCUGCUCUGAACUUCAGCUGGUUUAAAGGAGGAACGUUUGUAGGAUCUGGAAGAAUCUACAGCAUCUCAAAGAUCAGCUCUGAUGACAGUGGAGAAUACAAGUGCAAGUCCAUCAAUGAACAUGGAGAGAAAUACUCUGAUGCUGUGACUUUAAAUGUUAUGUACCCUCCCAGGAACGUUUCAGUGUUGAUAACUGGAUCUGGUGAAACAGUGUCAGGAGAUUCAGUGACUCUGAUCUGCAGCAGUGAUUCAAACCCUCCUGCUCUGAACUUCAGCUGGUUUAAGGAGAAUGAAAGCUCAGCUGUUGGAUCUGGAAAGAAUUUCAGUGCACUACAGAGUGGACGCUUCUACUGUCAGGCUCACAAUCAACAUGGAUCUCAGAGAUCAGACGCUGUAACUGUCAUUGUACAUGAAAGGAAGUUUCUUUAUGCAGUUGCUGGAUUCGCUGGAGGUUUAAUCUUCAUUUUCAUCAUUGUGUUCAUAAGGAAAAAACACAAAGCUGAUCACAUCCAACAAAAGCAGGAUGAUCUGUAUGUCAACGUAACAGGCAGAGUAUCAGCUCAUGAUGGGGUUCAGUCUGAAUCUGAUGCUGCAAAUCAAAACGACGCCCUGUACGCCUUAAUUACCCUCAGCAAUUUCACUGGCGAUCAGACUAAAGGAAAAGCUUCUGAUUCUGAAGAUACAGACGAGAUCCAGUAUGCGACUGUCUUGCAUCACAGAAACAAAGAGUUGAACAGACCGGAAGAGAACGAAAGCCAGUAUGGCAAUAUCAGGACAUACCAGAGUGAUGCUGCCAUGAGAUCUGCUGAUCAGAUCAUGGAGGAUCAAUCGGUGAUUUACAGCACAGUCAAAUGAUCAACAGAUUUCCAUGAUAACAACUCCCUCAUGUGGUUGGACUGUGGCUCUGCUGAUGCUGGAUUUUCAUUACUCCCAUUUAGCUUUAAUUAAGAGCUGCUUUGGCUUAUUGUUUUCUUUUCUCUCUCUCACAUGUGCACCGGUUGUCUGAUUGUGAUGUUUGUUGAAGUCCUAAAUUAUUCAUCUAGUUUGUACAAAAUCUAGAGAGCCUCCUUUCAAAGUGUUGUUUAAAGAAUUUUGGUCUGAUUAAUUAGAGGCCAAGCAAAGAAUGUGCGUAGGUACCUGUUGUAUCCGUUUGCAUUCUUCUUAUUAUUCUUCUUCCUUUUCUUUUUCUUCCGCUCUGGAAGUCUAUGGCAGCCCAUAGAACCGCUUGUGGGAAAGUUAUGAAAUUUGGCACACUGAUAAAGGACAGUCAUUAACCACAGCUAAUAUGGAAUCUCUAGCUUAAUCCCUCUAGCGCCACCACCUGUUCAAAGUUUCAUUCACGUUUAUGCUAAUAACUUUUGAACCAUAACGGCUAGAAAUGGCAUUUUGAAUUUUGUGAAAAAAAUAUUUUUUCGAACUCGUCCUAGGCGGUUUGUCAGAUUUUCACCAAAAUUGGCUCACAGUAUCUUUAGACCAUGCUGCCAAAUUGUUAUUAAAAGUUUUUCGAUCUCAUCCUGUUAUCGUGAAAUUUGCAAACAAAUUUUAUGUAGCGCUUGUGAAAAUAGAUGUGAGGCUAUAUCUCCACAACGCUUUAUCGCAUUUGGACCAAACUUGGAACAUGUCCUCACAAGCAUGAUCUGAGGCAAUGUGCAGUGUUUCGGUACAGCGCCACCUGCUGGUCCAGAGAUAUGAAAAAUCAUAAAAGUGGUCUCAUAAGAUUAGGAGCAACAUGCUGAGUCCAGUGAUAUCUAAUUUUUCUAUGUCGGCCAUUUUGGGCGUUGACCAUUUUGAAUUUUGCUGAAAAAUGCUGUAUUUCAUGAAAGCAUGAACAUAUCGUUACGAAAAUUGGUAUGGGUCAUCAGCACAAUGCCUGAAGACGUCUGUGCAGUUUUGGACCAGCACCAUCUAGUGGUGAAAAAAAAUUAUUUACAUGCAUGAAACGUGGUAUGCCAUUGUUACCAUACCCUGAAGGUACUCAAAAAAAUUAAAGACAGCACCACGUUGUGGUCAGAAGUUAUAAUGAAAUUUAAAAAAAAAAAAAAAAAAUGAUAAAAGCUUUUGAUUCAUAUUGUAUGGAGCCCCGCACAUGAUAUGCUGGAAAAAAAAAAUAGUAGGCUAAAUCGUGCGCACGAUUUACUAAUUUGUUCCCUCGAUUUACGAAUUGGUUCCCUCGAUUUACUAAAUCAUGCGCACAAUUUACUAUUUCAUUCCCUCGAUUUAUAAAUCAUGCGCAUUAUUUAUAAAUUGAGGGAACGAAAUAGUAAAUCGUGUGCACGAUUUAGCAAAUCAAGGGAACGAAUUAGUAAAUCAAUAUAACGAAUUAGUAAAUUGUGCGCACAAUUUACUUUUUUUUUUCUUGCAUGUCAUGUGUGGGACUCCGUAAUAUUGUCAUGAAACUGGUCUUAAUGGACUCUCUGGGUCACGCCGAGAACACAGAUACCAGUGUUGCCAUAGUUGGCCAAGCUUCCUGUCCGUCAUUUUGAUUUUCUUUAAAAACCUACUUUUUCAAACUCCUCCUAGACUGUUAGUCUGAUUUGUACCAAAUUCAUGUCAGAUCAUCUUCAGAACAGUCAAACAAAAAGUUAUGGAUUUCAUGUUGAUAGAUGAAACAGUUUUCAUAUACUGCAUCGACAAAUUCGAUGGAAUGAAGCCAAAAGACUCUGAGGCUAUAUCUCUGCAAUGCUUUGUCAUAUUGACACCUACUGUGACCACACCACAUCAGUUUGGACACAGCGCCACCUAUUUGUUGAAAAUGAUAACCAUUCAAUUAUAUUAUUAGUGAUUUAGUAUUAAUGCUUUUUCAGCCAUCUUGCCUACAAACAUCUUAAAAUGUCUUUAAUUGCUCAUUGUUGCAGUUGGUCUGACACAGCCAUGGUGGCAUGACUUAUCAUGCCUUCUUUGUGCUUGGGCCUUUAAUCGCUGCUUGCAGCUUUAUUUUUAACUGCAACUGUCUGUUGGAGAUAUCUUUUGGCGAUAAAAAGACAUCUAGAGACACUUCUGACAAAAACGUGCAAACAGAAAUUAUUUGUCAAAACCUUUUCUCUGAAAUUAUAAAAUUUUCAGCCAAAGCUCAUCUAUAUACUCUGUGAGCACAUUUAUCUUAAAGGGUCGUGAAACCCAAAAAUACAUUUUCUGAGAUUUCAAUAGAGUUAUGUGUGUUUAACAUCAUAGUUACCAUCUGUUAGUUUUAAUCAUAAGAGAAAAUGUGUUAAUUUUAAGCCUUUUGGUAAUUUGGUACUAUUUUCAUUCUCCAGGUUUAAAUUUGUCUUUGUGUCAGCGUCACAGGACGUGACGUUUUCUUAUACUAAAGUCUCAUGAACAAUUAUAAGACACUGAUAAGUUAUUGGUGUACUAUAUAUAGUAAAAAAGUUAUUAAAGAUGCAACAGCACGUUCAUAUGUAUUUUUGAUGGAGAGUACAAAUGUGAACGGCUGUGCAUUUAUUUGGGCAUUAAAUUAUAGCUAUCACAGGAUAUGUAUUUGUGUAAUUUACGGUGAGCUUACAAAACCAUGUAUGCUUAUUGUUUUGCGUAAUGGUAAAUUGCAGCAUGCAUUUGUGGGAAGCUUUGAGAGCUAAAUAAAACUGUCUGAAUCAGAA